AAAAAAAAAGGUUGGACUUGAAAUAAAAAAAGCGUCAUUAUUUGGACCAGAUUUUUGAGCCAAAUAAAAAAAAAAAAAAACAUAUAUACCAAAACAGAAAAACGGAAUAGCCAAAAAGAACCUUGUUUCGAUUUCCAGGAGUUCUUCAGCUUAGAAAAAAAAAAAAAAAGGGUUUGUCUAUUGGUUUGAAGGGCUAAUCCAACCGUCUGAGAUUUGAAAAUUUUCGCUAAUUGGAUUCCUGCUGUGGGAAUAGAUAAAGAUUAGAGAGUGAUGACGGAGGUUGCGACGGAGACAUUGACGGCGGCGACGACGUCAACGAAGGAACUGGGUCCCGAAGAAGAGAGGGUUUUAAUCAGAGACAUUGCUAUCGCCGCUGAAGCUAACACCAAAGAAGGCGAUUUCUUUUUUCUCAUCACUCAAAAAUGGUGGCAACACUGGAUUGAUUAUGUGAACCAGGAGCAGCAGCCGAGCAACAACAGCAACAACGAAGGAAGCACUUCUUUGUCAGGGGAUUCACCCGCUUUGAGCAUUUUAAAAAGGCCUUCGGGAAUCGAUAAUUCUGAUUUGAUAUCCGAUGGGCUGUCAGAGGACUCCAACCCCGACUCCAGUGUUGAGAUUCGUGAUACUUUAUUAGAGGGCCGUGACUAUGUUUUACUCCCUCAGCAAGUUUGGAACCAACUUUAUUCAUGGUAUGGUGGUGGUCCGACAUUGUCUCGAAAAGUAAUUAAUUCAGGUCUUUCUCAGACAGAGUUUGCUGUAGAGGUUUAUCCAUUGCGUCUGCAACUUCUUGCGACACCAAAAGGUGAUCGCUCUACUAUAAGAAUAAGUAAAAAGGAAACCAUUGGUGAGCUUCACCGGCGAGCAUGUGAGAUUUUUUAUCUCGACUUAGAACAAGUUUCUAUUUGGGAUUAUUAUGGUCAUCGGAAGCAUGCUUUGAUGAAUGACAUGGAUAAAACACUUGAUGAUGCCAACAUACAGAUGGAUCAGGAUAUUCUAGUGGAGGUCCUUAACAAUGUUAAUGGUACUGCACUAAAUGGCGGUAUAAGUUUUCCAGACAAUGGAUUUGCAGAUAAGGGAGCUACUUCUGUACUUCUAGAGCCUUCUAAGUCAAGCUUAUCAAUUGCAGGAGGUCUGUCUGCAAACAAGAUUGCAUCAAGAGGUUAUAGUGCAGAGCAAUUGCAAAAUCAGACAUUGAGUUAUCCUGGUAAAGAGUUGGAUAACAAUUAUGGGAACAGUGGUGUUAUUACUAGGGGGGCUUCUGGUGGUUUGACUGGGCUGCUGAAUCUUGGGAAUACUUGCUUCAUGAAUAGUGCAAUACAGUGCCUUGUUCAUACACCAGAGUUUGCUAAAUACUUCCGGGAAGACUAUCAUCAGGAGAUAAAUUGGCAAAAUCCUUUGGGCAUGGUUGGUGAGCUUGCUCUAGCAUUUGGUGAGUUGCUGAGAAAACUGUGGGCACCUGGGCGAACACCAGUUGCCCCUCGGCCCUUUAAAGCAAAGCUUGCCCGCUUUGCACCACAAUUCAGUGGAUACAAUCAGCAUGACUCUCAGGAGCUUUUAGCAUUUCUGCUUGAUGGUCUUCAUGAAGAUCUGAAUCGAGUCAAACACAAACCUUAUAUAAACUCUAGGGAUGCUGAUGGCCGUCCAGAUGAAGAAGUCGCUGAUGAGUAUUGGGCUAAUCAUAUUGCUCGUAAUGAUUCGAUAAUUGUUGAUGUGUGCCAGGGUCAAUAUAAAUCAACAUUGGUUUGUCCAGUGUGCAAUAAAGUUUCUGUAACAUUUGACCCCUUCAUGUACCUGUCUUUGCCACUCCAAUUCACCACCACGCGGACAAUGACAAUAACAGUUUUUACUUCUGAUGGAAGUGCUCUACCAUCAACAUAUACUGUGACUGUUCCGAAGCAGGGACGUUACAGGGACCUGAUCCAAGCACUUAGCAAUGCUUGUUCCUUGAAGCAGACCGAGGAAAUUAAGCUUGUUGAGAUACGAAAUCAUUUGAUUCAUAGGUUCUUAGAUGAUUCAUUUUUAUCACUGUCCACAAUCAAAGAUGAUGAUCAUCUUGCUGCAUACAAGAUUCAAAAGUCAGCAAAGGGCAAUGUUUUGCUUCAGUUGAUACAUCGCCGACAAGAACAGGAAACUAGUGAUGCUCAAAGAUGGAAACCUUUUGGAACUCCUCUUGCAUCAUCACUUUCAUGUGACGAUGUAAUUACAAAUGGUGAUAUACAGACAAUUGUUCAGACCAUGCUUUCUCCGUUGCUGAAAGAGCGUAUAAAAUAUCAUGAUAAUUCGGAUCCAAGCACCUCAGGGGUGGCAACAGAUCCAUCUGAUCAUAGUUCUGGUGAAGUGGAUACUAACCGUGCGUCAUCUUCUAUAAGUAAUGUCUUGCCAAGACUACCACUUCAGUUGUUUGAUGAAGGUAAGACAUGCAUUGACCUGUCCGUUGGAGACGAUAAAGCUGUUAAUCUGCCAGCAGCAUCGCCUAUAAUACUGUAUCUUGAUUGGACAUCAAGGCUUUUGGAGAAGUACAAUGAGAAUUACCUGGAGAACUUGCCUGAAGUAUUUAAAUAUGGGCCUAUUACCAAGAAAGCUCGUACUGAACCUCUCUCUUUGUAUACCUGCUUGGAGGCUUUUUUACGAGAGGAGCCAUUGGUGCCAGAAGAUAUGUGGUACUGCCCACAAUGUAAGGAACAACGGCAAGCAAGUAAAAAGCUUGAUCUGUGGAGGCUUCCAGAAGUUCUAGUCAUUCAUCUAAAAAGAUUCUCAUACAUCCGGUCAAUGAAGCAUAAACUAGAAACUUUUGUCAACUUUCCUAUUCAUGACUUUGACUUAACAAAUUAUGUAGCUGACAAGAGAAGUUCCCGUUCUCAGCUCUAUGAACUGUAUGCCUUAACCAACCAUUAUGGUGGCAUGGGCAGUGGCCACUAUACUGCACACAUCAAGCUUCUAGAUGAGAAUAGGUGGUACAACUUUGAUGACAGUCAUAUAUCACCUAUAAAUGAAGAAGAUGUAAAGUCAGCUGCUGCCUACGUUCUGUUUUAUCGAAGGGUAAAGUCUGAUACCUCAGCCAGCGAUGCAGGGUCUCGUAGAGUUCGUGACAGAACAUCUUAUAAACAUUGAAGUCCAGGCACGUGCAUAAACUUUUCACUAUCAUGCAUGAAGUUCAUGAAUGUAUAGUGCUAAAAGUGCAAAAGUGCUAUGAACUUGUCUUUACAAAUUGAUUCCAUGAUGUGCAGCUUUACUUUAACCAUUCAAUUGUUGCCUGGAUAAAUUAUUUUUUUGUGCCAAGAGUAACACCGUGCUCUAGUGCAGCUGCUCGGGUUGGCAGAAAGUGUGGGUGCAUCAAAUUACAAUCUGAUCUUAAGUUUCGUUUCCCUCCUUUACUGGUUAGAUCAUGUGAUAAUUAAGAGUCUGACUGCUAUAUAGUUUGGAUGAUGAUGUUGUCUAUUUAGGUGGUUGAUAUCUUCUUCAUUUGGGUUAGCUGUGAAAGCUGAGAGUGUCACCUACAAUCUUUAUAUUACAAUUAAUCAAUCAUAAUUCAAAAUUAUGUUGGGUUUAUUGAAAUUUUAUAUGGAGUCUACACUUAUAAGUGGUAGAUUCUUACAUAAUACUUUAUUGUGAUCGGGUAAUUGUAGGAUUAUGACAAAAAGAAUUAUAGGUGAAAUGCUUCCGUGAAAGCUCAAGGUAUUUGCAGCCCCUUGAUAUGGGACAACAAAUCUUGCCAUUUGUUUGCAUCAUACAUUUUUGGGAGUUAGAAGGUUUGGACAAAGUUGGUUUCUCCUUUUUCGCUAAGUAAUGUUGCUUUUGGUUGGGGCUGAGUUGAAGUGAUAAAAGUAGAUUGACAAUUGGGGUAGAAAUUUUCGAUGUCUUUGGGAUGGGUGAUAAGGCUAAUAGGGCGAUGAAGCUAUUGGUAACGAGAUCAUCAUGUGUGGUAUAAUUUUGAUAAUCUUUACAUGAUUAUAUGAGAGAUCUUUCAUCAUCAGACAAAAUACAAUGCUAUUCCAUAGUUUGAUACUUAAUUCCUUGAAAAAAUUGUACCAAGUACACACAAUUAUUUGCAUAUAAAUAAGAAAAAAUUUCCCAUUUGAAAGUUUCUAUUUUAAUCACUUAUAUAUCAAGUAAUGUUUGGGUCACAAUCACAAAUGUUAUGAACCAUGGUUCAACAGGUAUAUUGUUGUCAAAACUGAAUCAGAUUGAUCGAAUGAUUGAUUAGAUAAACAGUUAUACGAAGUCCGUUGUUGAAAUAUAUAAAAAUCAGAUUAUGUUUGAAUCAGGAUUGAGUCAUUAAAAAAUAAAAAAAAUUGAAAAUUGUUG